AUGCCCGCACUACAGUCUGGCCGCGAACAGGCCUUCUACAAGUGGUACUUUCUGCUGCACAUCGUCAUCACGGUGCUCGUCGAUGCGACGGUCGUCGUCCCCGCGCGGUGGCAGCUCGUGCCCGCUCUCGCUCAAUGGCACAUCCGGCAGAACGACGACUUCCUGCUGCGCGAGCGGCCCCUGUGGAUGCAAGCAUUCGUGCUCGUCGAGCUGGUCUUCCAGCUGCCCCUGUUCUUCUACUUCCCUGGGAGACUGCACCGUCUGGGGCCCAGGAAGAACAAGACCCAGACGGACAACUCGCUGCUCCGGGGACUGCUCAAAGUGUACGGCUACAACGCGGCGCUCACGUCGCUGUGCUGCUGUGCAGCGGUGGUGCUGCGCUGCGCAGCGGGCGGUGUCUCCACGGCUACAGCACUCACCUUGCUCGCCCUGUACCUGCCCUACGUCGUCAUCCCAGCCCGGCUGGUCUUCGUCUAG